GCUCCAUUUUCCUCGAUAAAGGCACCGUGAAUCAGCGCGUUUGCUGUGAAUGUAGUUUUAGGCAACGCAGGAGCCAGUUUAGUGAUCUGUUAUCGGUUAAGUGAGUACCGAUGGAGUCUGAAACGGAUGAAAUGCGCGAGUGCCUGAUUGACUGCUUGAGGCCGAGGCUGAAGGAGCUUAUUGUGGUGGAUCGGGUCCUGGAUCUUAUAGACUUUAUCGAAAACGAGCAAAAGGAACGGAUCAGGCAGAAGGCCAGAAACGAUGGUGAUAUUUCGGCUGCGGACUACCUUAUUAACGCAGUAGUUCAGAAGCCACAUACUCCCGGAUGGUUCACUGCGUUCGUUGACGCACUGAAUAACGGGGGCUGUAACUUCGCAGCUGACUACAUGCAGUUAAAUCUCCCAACUCCCGAAGCUGAGGCAGAGAAUGAAAACUGUGUCCGACUUAUUCACUUACUUAUUCCCAGCCUUGCAGACAUGGCUACAGAAACAGUGUGUGCACACUGUUUCAGUAAAAGACUGCUCACCGAAGAUGAGCGCGACAGAAUUACGGCUGAAAUAGUCAACAGGGGACGCAGGAGUGGCGCAAGGGAACUUUUAAGAAGAAUUAUCAAAUGUCCACCAGGAUGGUAUUCAACAUUUCUUCAAGUUCUUAAAGACACUGAACACCAUGUGCUCUAUAAUGAGUUGACUGGCAACGAAGGAUCAGAUAAGAAACCAUCACUGAAAGACAAACCUAUAGCUACAAGGGAGAGUCCAACAUCAGCUGAAAGUUGUGAUGGCACUGAAUCCAUGGAGAUCACCGUGAACGAACAGCCUAUGGAUCAAUCCACAGACUUGUAUGCAGGCAAUGAACUGCCCAGCAACUCGGAGCCCUCACAGCCAGACUUAUAUGCAAGCAGUGAACUGCCCAGCAACUCGGAGCCCUCACAGCCAGAUGGAAGUGCCUUAGAAGUUGCCAGAAGCCCAGAAAAAGAAAUUACUCUUCGAGAUUAUCAGAUGGAAGUCGCUGGACCUGCCUUGGAGGGGAAAAACAUCAUCGUAUGUCUCCCCACAGGAAGCGGUAAAACCAGAGUUGCAGUUUAUAUUACCAAAGAACAUCUGGACAGAAGGAAGGCUGAAGGGAAACCAAGAAAAGUGAUCGUCUUGGUGAACAAGGUUCCUCUUGUUGAGCAGCACUACUCUGCAGAAUUCCUGCCCUUUCUCAAGAACAAAUAUAAAGUGGAGCGAGUCAGCGGAGACUCCCAGCUCAAAAUCUCUUUCACAGAAAUCGUGAAGAAAAAUGACAUCAUCAUCUGCACUGCCCAGAUUCUGGAAAACUACUUAGAGAGGGCUAACAGUGGAGAGGAUGAGGGCGUGAACUUAAGUGACCUGACACUCAUUAUAAUAGAUGAGUGUCACCACACUCAGAAGGGAGGCGUCUACAACCACAUAAUGAUGCGAUACCUGAAGCAGAAACACAAGAACAAAAGGCUCGUAAAGGAGCAGAAGGAGCCUGUGCCCCUCCCUCAGAUCCUGGGCCUGACUGCCUCUCCAGGGGUUGGGGGAGCCACGAAAAUGGAAAAAGCAGAGGAGCACAUACUGCGUAUCUGUGCAAACUUGGACGCUUCCAGAAUAAUGACAAGGCGCCAAGAGGAAUUCAAAAAGGAGCAAAGAAAAAUAGUUGUUUCUGUUGAAGAUAGGAGGGAGGAUCCCUUUGGUGAUGUAAUCAAGAAAAUUAUGACCGCCAUCCACAACCAUGCCGAGCUGACCCCCACCUGUGACCUCGGCUCUCAGAAUUACGAACAGUGGGUUGUUCAAAAAGAACGACAAGCUGCAAAAGAUGAAAAUCAGAAAGUACGAGUUUGUGCAGAGCACCUCCGACAGUACAGCGAGAGCCUGAAUCUCUGCAACACGAUUCGCAUGCAAGAUGCCUUCAGUUUCCUGAACAAAUACUACGAGGAGGAGAUGAAGAAAAAAACUGCCCCGGAGGAGGAGCAUAAGAUACAAAUCACAGAUACUGAGAGGUUCCUCUUCAAUCUGUUUAAAGACAACAAGAAGGAGCUGGAAACUCUAGCAAAGAAUCCGGAGUAUGAAAAUGACAGCCUGUCAAAACUAAGAACUAAAAUUCUGCAUGAGUUCAGCUCUCGGGAUGAAGCCAGAGGGAUUGUUUUCAUCAAAACACGACGCAGCGCCAUUGCUCUAAAUCAGUGGAUACAGGAAAACUCCAAGUUUGCUGACAUUGGAGUGAAAUCAGCAUAUGUCAUUGGAGGAGGAGACCAGAGUGUUGUUAAACCAAUGACCUCGGCAGAGCAAAAGGAUGUGUUGAAAAAAUUUGGCAACGGUCAAGUCAACCUGCUGAUUGCUACCACAGUAGCCGAGGAAGGCUUGGACAUACCAGCCUGCAAUUUCGUUAUUCGAUAUGGCCUUGUGACAAACGAGAUCGCUAUGAUUCAGGCCCAAGGCAGAGGAAGAGCCGAGGACAGCAGUUACACGCUGGUCGAGGUGAAGAACUCCGGGGUGGCUGAAAAGGAGUGCGUCAAUGAAUACCGCAAGAACAUGAUGAACAAAGCCAUUCAGAAAAUUAAAUCCUUAAAUCAGGCAGCCUAUGAAAAAAGAAUCACUGAGUUUCAGAUUCAGGCUAUAAUGGAAGAGAAAGUAAGAAUGACGAAGAAGAAGCAGAAGGACAUAAAGAACGAGAGCCCAUCUAAUGUAAAGUUUAGCUGCCGAAGCUGCAGCGAGCCAAUCUGCACGGGCGACGACAUCCAGAUCAUCGAAAACAUGCACAGAGUCAAUGUGACGCCACAAUUUAGAAAACUUUACAUUCAGAGAGAAAAUACUACUCUUCAGGAGCGUCUUCUCGACUAUGAGACCAACGGCUUCAUUGCAUGUAAAAACUGCGGACAGAGAUGGGGUUCAAUGAUGAUGUACAAGGGGAUCGAGUGCCCCUGCCUUGAUGUGAAAAACUUUGUGGUGAAUUUAAAUGGAAAGAAGAUUAGCAAAUGCACCAAGUGGAAUGAAGUCCCCAUCAAGUUUUCUGCCUUCGACUACGCUGAACAUGCAAUCAACAUGACCAUGUCCGAUAACUCGGAUGAUGACGAAACAAUGUGAAUUAUAACCACGUAGAAUAACCAGCGACUGAGAAAGCCUUGAUUUCUAUUGUGUUGCCGUAUGGCCGACACAGGAUUAAUAACCUUAGCAGAGUAGUGAAUGUUAUGUUUCCUUUGAAUGUUUACUUGUUAACUGGAGAAAUGAAUGGUGAUGGGACUGAAGUGUGUUCGUAAAGAAAAAGUGUGAAUGUUUUACAUCAUUUUAAUGGUUAAAGUAUUAUUGUGAAUUGUGCAAAAUUGCAGAAUAAGGGUUUUACUCUUCAAUUAUGUUCGCAUUUGAUGGGAUUUACUGUUGAAAUAAUGCAUGAUUACAGUGUAUUAAUUUCUAUGUAAGGGUUUGUCACUGGUAUUAAAUGAACUGGAAAAGCAAAGCAAGAAAAUAAAGUAUAUAUAUAUUUUUCCCUU